ACAACUGGGUAGACGGAGUUGUAACGGAGGAAAUAACCACAGUGUAGUUAGUUCGAUUGGCACUAGUUGGCAGAUAAAGAUUACACUUAAAAGGGGGAGUUUGCUGUUUUUGGACAACCAUGGACGAAGUGACAGGAGCUCAGCUCAUUGCUGAGUCUCUUAUGAAUCAGAAAGUAAAAUACAUUUUUGGGAUUGUCGGCGUUCCUGUCAUUGAAGUAGCCAUGGCUGCUCAGGCUGCAGGGAUCAAAUACGUUGGGAUGCGCAAUGAACAAGCGGCGUGCUAUGCCGCAUCCGCUGUUGGAUACCUCACUGGGAGACCAGGUACCUGCUUGGUGGUGUCAGGACCUGGACUCAUUCAUGCUCUGGGUGGAAUGGCCAACUCUAACAUGAAUUGCUGGCCGGUGGUUGUUAUUGGGGGCUCUUCAGAUAGAAGCCAAGAGACAGCAGGGGCCUUUCAAGAGUUUCCCCAGGUGGAAGCAUGUCGUCUGUAUAGCAAAUUCUCCGCAAGGCCAAGCAGUCUGGAAGCCAUCCCUUCAGUGAUUGAGAAGGCUGUUCGCACAAGCAUGUAUGGGCGUCCAGGCGCUUGUUACGUGGACAUUGGGGGGGAUAUGGUGAAUGCCAAAGUGGACAGAAGCAAAGUCAGAUUUGUCCACUGUUGCCCGCCUCCUCCCGUCUGUUUGGCCGAACACAAUGCAGUGACGGAAGCCAUCGCUGUUUUGAAAUCAGCUAAAAGACCUUUAGUCAUCAUUGGCAAAGGUGCAGCCUAUGGCCGAGCAGAAGUCGCCCUGAGGGACUUUGUGGAAUUGACCCACCUGCCGUUCCUUCCCACCCCUAUGGGGAAGGGAGUGCUGCCCGAUGAUCAUCCCGAUUGUGUGGCGGCUGCGCGCUCAAGAGCUCUUCUACAGACAGAUGUUGUGCUUCUUCUUGGAGCCCGACUCAACUGGAUCCUCCAUUUCGGUCUGCCGCCUAGAUUUGACUCAAAUGUCAAGGUCAUCCAGGUUGACCUUUGCCCUGAGGAGAUGGGAAACAAUGUCAGGCCUGCUGUUGCUCUCCUGGGGGACAUCAAUGCUGUCGUCCACCAGCUGCAUGAGUGUCUAUUGAAAGAUGGCUGGAACUAUCCUUCUGACACCGAAUGGUGGAGCACACUAAAGGAGAAAAUGGCCAGCAAUGCAAAAAUAUCAAAUGCGCUCGCUCUCAGGUCAACGCUACCCAUGAACUACUACACGGUGUUUCACCACAUCUCACGGCUGCUGCCGCACGACUGCCUAAUUGUCAGCGAGGGCGCCAACACCAUGGACAUCGGACGCACUAUGUUGAAUAACUAUUUACCGCGACGCCGGUUGGACGCCGGCACAUUUGGAACAAUGGGAGUGGGCCCUGGUUUUGCUAUCGCCGCAGCUGUUGUGGAGAGGAGCGAGAAUAAGGGCCGAAGGAUUGUCUGCGUGGAAGGGGACAGUGCUUUUGGCUUUUCUGGUAUGGAGGUUGAAACCAUGUGCAGGUACAGCCUACCAAUAGUCGUGAUUGUGGUGAAUAACAAUGGUAUAUACAGCGGAGUGGAUCCUGAGACGUGGAAAGAAAUGGCAAAAAUGGGGGAUCUGACCAGCAUCGCACCCCCUGUGACCCUCCUGCCUGAGGCGCGCUACGACCAGGUGAUGACAGCCUUUGGCGGGCGCGGUUUCUUGGUGAGGACGGUGGAAGAGCUGUGUAACGCUUUGCAGCUCAGCUUGAGUGAGUGGGAGCGGCCAAGUCUUCUCAACGUGCUCAUCGACCCUUCAUCAGACAGAAAGCAACAGGAGUUCCCUUGGCUGACCCGUUCCAACUUGUAGAAGGAAAGUGAAUCUGUUUUGUUAUUACAACCGCUGGAAACUUGAAAACAUGAUCGUUUCUUAAUGACCGAAGUUUUUUUCCUUUAAUUACCACGAUGUUGUUGAUUU